AUGACACUAGGAGAGGCACAGUCACAGCUCAAAGCCGGUCCUUAUGGCAACCGGAUAACAUUUCACCGGACUACUUUGCAAGACUUCCUCAAUUCCGGGGCCUCAGAGCCACUCUACGACUAUACCAUCUUCAUGCACUCAAUCUGGUAUCUGCCAACCGUCGACACAUUACAGUCUAUGCUACAGUCUCUUCGCGGGAGAGCAAAGCAGCUUCUUCUUGCCGAAUACGUACUCGAUAUUCGCGGCGAUAUCACUGCUCUGCCGCACAUGAUAGCAGCCAUCUCGCAGGCAGAAUUCAACAGUCGAGACGACCUAGAGCGUUCGGCUGGAGGAGACGAUAACAUCCAGUCCAUUAUAUCGCCCGAAAUGAUUCGCACAGCGGCGCUUCAAGCUGGAUGGGAAAACUUGCAAAAGGAAGAAAUCACGGACGCCGCGGAAGGUCUCGAAGAUGGAGGGUGGGAGGUUGGCCGUGUACUUUCGAAGAAGUAUCGAGAAAGGUUGGAAGCAGAAUCUGGGGCGAGCGGUAAGCGCCGUCAGGAAUUUGCGAGGGCGUUGAUAGAAGCUGUCGAAGUGAAUAGACGCGCUCUUGGGCCCCAGGCUAAGGUGAAAACACUACCUACGUGGCAAUGCUCAUGGGUGUAA